AUGGAAAGUUCUCUGCUUUCUAACAGACUGGGAGCUUUAAAGAUUCCUGAUAUUUCUGUUGAUGAUUUGGUCCAAGGUGCUGCGAACUGGAAGUUCAGUUUUUUAGGUAAAGUUUAUUCACUAAAAUCUUUUACUGUAACUGAGCUAGACAAAGAGUUGAAAAAGUUGUGUGAUAAAAGCAAGGAUAUCUUUAUUAAAAAGGAAGAUGAUGACUCGUCCAUGAUUAAGUUUUAUACUCAAGAAGAAUAUGAAGUGGUGCUAAAAUUUCGUCCGUGGUUUAUUGAGGGAGACUUGAUGGCGCUUGUUCCAUGGGAUCCUUCAUUUCCGAAAAGUCUGAUGGAUCUUACCAAAAAGCUUCUUUGGCUUCGUUUAUAUAACAUGCAUCCAGAGUUUGCUUAUCCUCCUAUAGUUUCAGGCAUAGCGUCAGCUAUGGGAGAAGUUAAAGAGCUUGAUCCAAAGGAUUGUAUUCUUCCUAAAGGUAAAGUGCAGAAAGUUUUGGUGCUUAUAGACGUGCGAGAUCCUUUAAGAAGAGGUUUUUGGCUUAAGAAUGCGGUAGAUGAGGAUAGGGGAUACCUUCCUUCAAAUUCUCUCACUGAUCCUCCAUCAUGGAAUAACCCGGAUAGUAGGGGCCCAAGAGCUGGAGUUGCAGCAAAGCAGACUCAUUCAAGUGGGGAACAAGUACCACUACUGCCAUCAAAUGUUCAAACUGAGCAACAAAACCAACAUGCAGAACCAGAUUCACCCUUAAAAAAUUUGCUACAUGCAAACAUUAAUGAGGGAGUUGCAAACCCCACUCAGUAA